AUGCACGCCGCCGGACGACGGCAAUGUUCAAGACAACCCUCCUCACAGCCAGCAAUGCAACAAAUAUCACUGCAAUUUGACCCCUUGAUUUCAUUUUUUAUCCUACAUAUUAUUUGUGGGGCGAUACGUGCACUCUCUAAAGUCUCUUGUGUUGGACUCCUUCGCGUGAAGAUGAUGGGUUUUGUAGGGAUUGGGUUCCCAAUUUGCCAUGGGUUAAGAACGUUUCGCAAAUCAAGAUCCCCAACGCAUCGCAUUUACAGGAAUUCAGCGUCUAGCAUUGAAGCGUGUGCGGAAGCUACUCCUGAAGAAGUGAAGAGAAUUGCACGGCUCGCCCAGUUGAACUUGUCAGAAGAUGAAAUCACUACAAUGACCCCAGAGCUUCAAAAAGUAAUUGGGUUCUUCAACAGCAUUAACGAGAUAGAUGUUGAAGGAUUCGAACCGAUGGCCAGCCCUAGUGAUGCUAACAACGUACUUCGCGAUGAUGUACCGGUCAUGUUUUCAAAUGUGGACGCCAUCAUGGAUGAGGUGCCUGUAGCAGAGAAGGAGUUCAUUCGCGUACCAAAAAUAAGUUCGGAGAGCAGUGAUUAAGUGCGUACAAUAAUAGCGGUAUCGAUAGAUACUGCACUGUGUUUAGUCGCUGUGUAAGAACUUUAGCCAUUGAAAAGUAAUCUACUGAAAGUCGACUGCUGACAAC